UGGCCCGUGAACGUCGCCCUGAUACCUUUAGCCAACUUGAACGCAUCCUCGCUGCUUCGAGUACACCAAACACCAAAACACCAUGUCUCCCCCAAUCGCAAUUGACACUGCUCCGCCGUCGGCGGCGCCCAAAACAUCAGGGCAUACAUCCAGCAUGAAACCUGCCGUCGACUUUGAUGCUUCCAAGCAUCUCUCUUUCUCCCCCCCUUCAUCCGUCCUGACCAUGAAGGAUCUAAGUCUUGAGCCCACGGCCCUCUCCAACGUCGCCACAACAGAACCCUUCCCGCUACUAUCCCACGAGGCCGUUCUCCAGCACCGUCGGGAGCUCUUCAGCCCAGAGGUGUUGGACAACUGCCUGCAUUACACGCGCCCCGGCUCCGUCCAGCUGCGUGGCAUGGCUCCUCGCUAUGCCCCAUUCAUCCACAAGUUCUGGCAUUCGGCAGAGGUUCUCAAGAUUGUGAGCAGCAUUGCCGGUGUGGACCUCGUGCCGGCAAUGGGCUACGAAGUGAGCCACACCAACGUUCAGUUGGGACCGGGCGGCGUCGAUGCCGUCCGAAACACGCCCGUCGAGCCACCCACAGCGACGGAGGAUGCCAUCCGCGCCUUUGAGGCAGACAAGGCAAAGAAGAGGGCCGUCACGGAUCAGACCAAGCCGAUUAUUGAGUGGCACAAAGAUUCACAUCCAUGGGUGUGCGUCGUGAUGCUAUCGGACGCGCGACAUAUGACGGGCGGCGAGACGGAGCUCAUGAAGGGCGACGGCACGACGCUCAAGGUGAAAGCACCGCAGAUGGGCUGUGCUGUCCUGCUGCAGGGCAGGUACAUUACGCACACGGCGGCGCCUGUAGACAAUAUGCCCGAGCGCGUCACCAUUGUCACGUCGUUCCGCCCACGGGAUCCCAUGCUGCCUGACGAGACGACCAACGCCAACGUGCGCAACAAGUCGCACCUCACAGAGCUGUAUUACCAGUGGACGACAUAUCGUCUUGAUGUGCUUGCGCAACGCGCGCGCAAUACUGCUGACGCUCUACGCCGUCGGUACGAGGAGAACGUCAAGGCUAGCGACCCGGAGGGUAAGAAGGGCAUGUGUCUCGUUGAGACGGUCAAUGUGGGUGAGGUAGAGGCGUGGGCGGAGGAGCAGAUCAAGUACAUCCGCGAGACGCUGCAUGAGAUGAGGCCAUUGGACAAGUGAAGAAGAAAGCAAGGAAGCAGGUGAACUGGCAGG